CCCAACAACAUCCUCCUCUUGAGCCUGUGCCUCGCGGACUUCCUGAUGGGGGCCUACUGUAUACCCAUGUACGCUUUGAGCUACCUUCAGUCGACGAGAGAGGUGGUCUUGGGGAAUAAAUACUUCUGCCUGGCCUGGUUUUCGUCGAUAGAGCUGGCCGGGGCUGGAUCGCUUAUUUCGUUGCUUCUCAUCUCCGUCGACCGCUACAUCGCUAUUCUGUGCCCGCUGAAGUACCCCACCAUCGUCACCGAGCAGCGCACCAUCAGAGUGAUCGUGGUGGCGUGGCUCCUCAUAGUUUUUGUAGCGUUCCUCCCCAUGAUGGGGCUCAACAAGUACGACUACAGCGUCAUGCCGUUAAACGCGCGAUGCCAUUACUACACCACCCUAUACACGGAGUACGUCGUCGUGGCGUCCUUCGGCAGCAUAUUCUUCAUCAUCGCCGUCUGCUGCGUGCUGUACGCGCAGAUCCUGAUGGCGUCCUACCGGCAGGUGAAGACGCUGCGGAAGCGGAGCGUCAGCUCACCCUCGAUGCAUGAGUGGAUGGAGCACAGGGUCAGCUCCGUGCGAGUAUCGACUUUCCUGAUGCUUGUCUUCAUCCUGCUCUGGCUCCCGUACGCUCUCGUGGCGCCUUUCAAAUAUUUCCGCACGUUCUCUCAGAAAAAAAUCGAAAUCCUCAAAGUGGCGACUCAGCUCCUAUUCUUCGGGAACUCUCUGGUCAACGCCCUGAUCAACGGCUUGUACCGGAAGGAGAACAGGACCGUCUACAAGAACAUGAUC